AGUCGUCCAGCUACUGUGCGCAAAAACAUUCACAUCGCAGGCAUGCCGAGCGACCUUGAUAGAUCGAACAGCUAAUACGAUGCGAGCCUAUUUCUGAGGAGCAAGUGAAGACCCUAUGUCUGAAAGCACGGGAAAUCCUAAUUGAAGAAGCAAACGUUCAAGUCGUGGACUCGCCUGUUACAAUAUGCGGCGAUAUACAUGGGCAGUUUUGGGAUAUGAUGGAACUAUUCAAGGUUGGAGGGUCAUGUCCUGAUACAAAUUACCUAUUUAUGGGUGACUUCGUCGAUCGUGGUUUCUACAGUGUCGAAACAUUCCUCUUACUCCUUGCUCUCAAAGUACGUUACCCGGAACGUAUGACGCUUAUACGAGGGAACCAUGAAUCUAGGCAAAUUACACAAGUUUACGGAUUCUACGAUGAAUGUCAACGGAAGUACGGGAGCAGCAACGUGUGGCGAUGGUGUUGUGAAGUUUUCGACUACUUGGCGCUUGGUGCGAUAGUUGAUGGGAGAGUCUUCUGUGUACAUGGGGGUCUCAGCCCAAAUCUUCAAGGGAUUGAUCAGAUUCGCGGAAUCGACAGGAAGCAAGAAGUACCCCACGACGGUCCUAUGUGUGAUCUACUGUGGUCAGAUCCGGAUGACAUCACGGGCUGGGGUCUUUCACCAAGGGGCGCUGGAUUCCUCUUCGGAGCCGAUAUCACCAAAGCCUUUGCUCACCACAAUGCACUCGACCUGAUCGCCAGAGCGCACCAGCUCGCCAUGGAGGGGUACAAGCUCAUGUUUGAGAACUUGAUCGUGACUGUCUGGAGCGCACCCAAUUACUGCUACCGGUGGGUUCCCAUUUCAUGUAUACCUUGCAGCCGAACCGAGGACUCAUCAUCGACCAGUUGCGGAAAUGUCGCUUCAAUACUCGAAUUGGAUGAACAUCUUGGUCAAGAAUACAAAGUAUUUUCACAUGCACCUCCCGUAAGUUCGCCAUUUGUCUCAUAUUGGCUAAAAUUGAGUGUCUCGCCCAGGAUGUACGCUCAAUACCCGCAAAACGUCCACCGGCGGACUAUUUCCUAUGACAGCCCGUGGUCUUGCCGCUAUAUCCACCUCUGCUUCUUUUUUGUCCCCAUCGACUAUUGUUCUCGGAUACCAUCCACUGUAGCAAGUGCUCAUCAUAGACUUUGUAUCACGAAAGUAAUGUACUAUUAUUGAUAUCCUAUAUAGUAGCUCUUUGACCGCGCAAGGUUUUUGAUUCAGCCGUUCACGUACCUCCUGGCUCAUUGAUGAAAGCCCCAGGUUGGUCGUGUUCCUUGCGGUGACGUCUACUCUACGCCUUGCUAUGGUGUACGUAUGAUAUGAAAAACGUCCGAUAUCCACGACCUGCCUCCAGGUGUUUGUUUCAACUCCUGCACCAGAUGGAGGUGGAGUACACAGCAGGUGCGGCUUGUUCUCGUGAGAGAUACGCAUUCCCAGAUGUACUAUAGCCGACCUUGGAAGAGAGUUUUCGACAGGUGCUAGUCUUGACGUAUGUUUCGACGGGCAAUACCCUCUUUUCCCCGCCCUCUAGCUUCCUGCUAGAGCCCAUCUAUACAUGAUUUUUCGAGACUAACCUGUGAAAAUUCCAUACUUACAACCCAGGUUUCAACAAUUGGAGUAUGUGUCAUUUCUAGUCU